AUGGGCUCCCCGGAGGCGCUGCAGUACCGGGCGCUCUACGAGUACCGCAAGGAGCGGGAGGAGGACGUGGCGCUGCGCCCCGGCGACGUGCUCACCGUGAGCCGGGCCGCGCUGCUCGGCGCCCCCGGCUUCCAGGACGGCGACGAGCGCAGCCCCCAGGGCUGGCUCAGCGGCCUCAACGAGCGCACCAAGGAGCGCGGCGACUUCCCCGGCACCUACGUGGAGUACGUGGGCCCCGCCGCCCCCGCCAAGGCCAGGCCGCGGCCGCUGCCCCCGGCGCCCGCCGGGACCCCCAUGCCCGGGGGACAGCCCUGGGGGCUCCCCGGGCAGGCCGAGGCUGCUGAGCUCCCCGGCUUCCCCGAGCAGGCGCUGCCCACCAUAGCAAGGCUCAUCGAGGCGCUGGAAAGAAAAGGACAGGAUGGCGAGGAUCCCUAUGGAUCGGCUCCCGGCUCCCUGGGCGACCCAGAGCUGCAGCAGGCUCUUCUGACGGACGCCGCGGCCGUGGACCUGGAGCGCUACGACGGCCGGAGCCUGGCGCAGGCCCUGACGUGGUACCUGCGGGAGCUGCCGGCGCCCGUCAUCCCGCCGGCCCUGCACGCCGACCUCUUCCUCCUGGCCCAAGAGAGCCCGGGCCUGGAGGAGUGCGGGCAGCGGGCGGGCGCCGUGCUGGCCGCGCCGGCGCUGCCGCCACCACACGCGCUGCUGCUGCGGGCGCUCGCCGGGCACCUGGGCCGCGCGAGCCGGGCCGGCCGCCCCUCCGCGCGCCGCCUGGGAGAGCUCUUCGGAGACCUGCUCCUCCGGCCCGCUCCCGGCAGCGCCGAGGGCAGCCCGGAGCUCCGUGCCAAGGUGGUCGAGUCCCUCAUCGUGGCGGGCGGCGCGGCCGAGGCCCCCGCAGCGCCCGCUCUUCCGCCAAAGCCCCCCAAACCAAUGACACCAGUCAAUACAAAUGGGAUGAAGGACAAUUCCAGUUUCUCUCUGCAGGAAGCAGAGUGGUACUGGGGGGACAUCUCAAGGGAAGAAGUAAAUGACAAAUUACGAGACAUGCCAGAUGGAACGUUCCUGGUGCGCGAUGCGUCCACCAAGAUGCAGGGAGACUACACGCUGACACUGCGGAAGGGUGGCAACAAUAAACUGAUAAAGAUCUAUCAUCGGGAUGGAAAAUACGGCUUUUCUGAUCCACUGACAUUUAAUUCUGUUGUGGAACUGAUUAACCACUACCGCAACGAGUCUCUUGCUCAGUAUAACCCAAAGCUUGAUGUGAAGUUGAUGUAUCCAGUGUCCCGCUAUCAGCAGGAUCAAUUGGUAAAAGAAGAUAACAUAGAUGCAGUAGGUAAAAAGCUUCAAGAAUACCAUGCUCAGUAUCAAGAAAAGAGUAAAGAGUAUGACAAACUGUAUGAAGAAUAUACCAGAACAUCACAGGAAAUUCAGAUGAAGAGGACCGCAAUCGAGGCAUUUAAUGAAACUAUUAAGAUAUUUGAGGAGCAGUGCCACUCACAAGAGCGCUACAGCAAAGAAUACAUUGAGAGAUUUCGCAGAGAGGGGAACGACAAAGAAAUUGAACGGAUUAUGAUGAACUAUGAGAAAUUAAAAUCACGCUUGGGUGAGAUCCACGAUAGUAAAAUGCGCCUGGAACAAGAUUUGAAGAAACAAGCUCUGGACAACAGAGAGACAGAUAAGAAAAUGAACAGUAUCAAGCCUGACCUAAUUCAGCUCCGCAAAAUCAGAGAUCAGUAUCUUGUAUGGCUCAACCAUAAAGGAGUGAGACAGAAGCGAAUAAAUGACUGGCUGGGGAUCAAAAAUGAAAAUAUUGAUGACACGUACUUUGUGAAUGAAGAAGAUGAAAACCUACCACAUCAUGAUGAGAAAACUUGGUUUGUUGGAGACCUCAACCGAAUCCAAGCAGAAGACUUGCUCUGUGGAAAACCUGAUGGAGCGUUUUUAAUUCGUGAAAGCAGCAAGAAAGGAUGUUACGCUUGUUCUGUGGUAGCUGAUGGAGAAGUGAAGCACUGCGUGAUCUACAGCACUCCAAGAGGUUAUGGGUUUGCAGAGCCAUAUAACCUGUACAGCACACUUAAGGAUUUGGUUCUUCAUUACCAGCAGACAUCCCUUGUCCAACACAAUGAUUCCCUAAAUGUCAGGCUUGCCUACCCUGUCUACGCACAGAUGCCCUCCUCUCUUUGCAGAUAAAUCCUGGGGAGGAGGAAAGUGUUGGCUAUCUUGGAUUCUUUUCUACGAUUUUUAUUAGAACUUGGAGGGCAUUCUUUCUCCUUAGACUGCUUGUUUUGCACAAGAAGUGAUUCUGUGAAUGUGAAUCAAGAAGAGGCCUAGCAGCAACAAGACGACAACUUGGGUGUAGGUGUCCUGGUGCUACCUUAAAAGCUCAGCUGUGCUUUUACACUGAUACUUUUGUUUCCUUAUGAGGGGAAAAGACUCAACGCAGCGCAUACAAAAAUACUGGAAGCAAAACAUCAUUUUAUGGAGAUAAUUUUUUGCCAGGCACCUUCAGUGGAACUUCUAAUUGGAUUUUGUUUUCUCUUGUUCUUGUAGAGACAAUGUGAGGCCUCUGUUGGAGGCAUCAGUAAUGUCUUUCAGUCUUAAAGCCCGAGAAACUAGGGGGGAAACUCUACCACAGCAAUUCUUCUCUGUUCAUUUUAGCAGCUUCACUGCGAUUCCGACGAACUUCCAAAAGAGGGCUUGUCUUAAGGUAGCGUGAAAUUUGGUGAGAGAAGACCAAAGGAAUUAUGGAAAAGCUUCAGGUUUUUAUUUAAAUGGGAAAAAAAAAAUGCUUGUAAAGAAAAGUCGCUUUAUUUUUUUGCCAACAGUAACAAAGUUUUGGUUUCAAUGGCACUACAGGUCUUCGCUUAAAAGAAACACUUAUAACCAAAUUGAACCCACCAAAACUUUGUUUGUUGCUAGAUUAAGCACUUAUGGGAAAGGUUGCAUUAGCAUCCGCACAUACUUUCUACACCAAAACUUGAAACAAAUAAAAAGAAAAGCUAAAACAUUGUGUGGCUUCACAAGGCUAAUUUGUCUGACCUGAUAGAAUUGCUCACUCUCCUCUUUGCCUCCACCUCUCUGCUUCCCAUUCCUCAGCUGGGGAUUCUGCAUUCAGUUUUUAAAGAUGCCACGCUUCAGAAUGUAAACUAGAACGAAACUUGCACUGCACUGUUGCAGCUCUCUUGCUGCACAGUGACUGACUUGUAACCCUUGGUUUUGAUGUAAAAGAGGUGCAAUCUAAUGCUUCUGGAUGGCUUACUCUGUACCAAAUUGUUUCACGAGGAGUAGUUAAAAAGUGAGCAUGCCAAUUGAAUCUCUCAUUUGUUCUUUGCAAGCUAGAUUCCGAGCUUUCACAUCGCUGUAGCCAAGCAAGAUUUUACACUGGUAUAAUCUGACCUCUUGUUCUUUUGUGUGUUAUGCAAAGCAGAGGAAGGGAAGAGAGCUGUGCGCCUCAGACUGUGGGUAUCUGCUGCCUUCCCUGGGCAAGGGCUGCUGUCAGAUACUGGAGGAGAUAGUCCUGGGCUGUGUCAAGUAUAGCAAUCAUGCCAUAAAUCCCCUCCUUGGAAAGAAGACAGUACACACCACAAGUGUACAGAGCAGCUUAUUUCCAUUCCUUAGGUUCUAAAAUGAAAAAAAAAGAGCUGAGUUUGGCAAACUGAAGGACUUGGCACCAAAGCACAACUGGCAGAGCCAUUGUUCAGUGUGCAACCUUGAAAGUUGCUUUUGUUCCCGAGUUGGAAGCGGUUCCCUCGAAACGCGCCCAUUGUGCAGGGCAGGAAGCCGGCAGCCCCGCAAAGGGGAGCCGCCACAUUGGGAAUUUGUGGACCUGCUUCUGACCCUGUUGCUGAUUUCCUGCUCAAAUUGCCAGGCCUGGUGGUGUUGAAAGUGUACAAUCACCAGCGGCACUAGGAGUAUUAUUUAGCUGAAUGUCACGGAUUCCAAGCAGGGAAGGGGCAAGGCUGGAGCGCUGCCGGCGGUGGCGGGAAGGGCGGCCGAGUUGCCUGCUCGGCCCGUGAGAUAUUUUCAUUUUGCACUAUUGACCCUGGUACUUCCCGGGUGCUUUGUAAUCAGGUAGAGCGUAACUUCCAGGCACAGUGCUCUGUAGAUGCCGUUUUUUUCUUGUUAAAUACUAUGAAACGUAGCUGGGCUUGGUAGAGGAGAAGCAAGUUAGUGUAGGCCGGGCUCUCAGAGUGACCUACAUCAUCUCCGUGUGUCCCUUCUCUCUCGCUUCCCCAAGCAAAGGAAAACUCAGGCUUAGGCUUUACUCUUAGCCUUGCUCUGGAGUGGACUCUCCAGCUGUAUGUGGACAUGGAAAUUUUUCUUUUUAAAGAAACCUGCCCUACCUCUUGGAUAAUUUGCAGUUCUAAUCUGGUAACUGUAAAGCUGUCAUUCUCACCUCUUGUGCAUCUAAUGUUCCCUUAGUGCUGGAUUCGGGCCAAACACCUAAUGAGGGAAAUCAGUUCAAAGGCACAAAUGAUAGCCAGGUGCCUAAUUCCUGUGGAAAAAUCUGUGCGAGAGGAGUGGCUGGCUGUUUCUGUGCUCCUGCAGUCUCUCAGGACUUGGCUCUUACGAAGUUAACAUUAGAAAAUGAUGGCGUGUGUAUUUCUGAUUCUUGUUUCGGGAAAGGAAUGACCUAGCUGAAGGGUUUUACAUUUACUGUGUUUUCAGAUAGGGCUCGAGCUUGAU